AUGAGGCCGAAACCAUGGGUAUUCAAGUACGCCAUUCCACGAUCAUAUCGCAAUAUAAUUGCCUAUCUGGUCGAGCUGAUAAUGACCAAUGUUGAAUUCUAUGGGCUCACGGACCUGCUCUUGAGUAGACUCACGGCUACCGAAGUCUCUCUGGUCGCGCACUUGCUUGGGAUUUGGGACGCCUUUCUCAACCGGGACAAGUAUUUGAGCCCGCUGCGCGACGUCGACCCCACGAUGCAAUUCUUUGAUCCGCUGUUUCAAGACCGUCACCGUAUCCUUAUUUUCGGCCACGGCGUUUUGAAUUUAACGGAAAGAAUUCAAUGCCCCGCAGGCUAUUGGAGCCGACAACUUGAAGAGAUUUCACGUGGCAAUGAUCUACCGGUGCCUCGAAUCUGGAUUGUAUGCAUCCCACCAGAUGCUCACAGUCACGCACCUGCUUUAGCAUCGAUGUCAUACAGAGAGGCGCACAAGAUCUUUCAGGCAAAGGUUAUGAUUCAACCCAAGGGCCGUGAUUUGAAAAAAGUACGGCCACCAGGUAUAGACACUGUAGAGGUGUGGCUCAGUGGAAUGGGAGUAUAUCGAAUGGUGCUCGAGCCUUCAUUCGAUGACUGGGGAGAAAAAAUGAUGUGUUCGAUCGGUGGCAUUUGUUUCCCAAUUGACUGGGACGAUAUUUAUGAGAAUGCAAACAGCAGUUCCUUUCUUCCUUACAUCGAGCCGACACAGGAUCCAAAUACUGUUAAGCAUUCGGAUGUGUGCAGAACAAUGAAGAGAAAGACGGACACAUUUGCGAAAAACGGGAAAGUGGUACUAUGGAAAAAAAAACUAUUGUCUGCCCCCGGGCUACCAUUUCAAUGGGAGUGUUCUUCUAGAAAAUGGCGAGGCUAUGGAUGGGAUCGAGUGUGCUUUUGUGUUUUGAGCGGCGAGUUGGAACAUCGGCGGGAGGAGAUUUUAGGAGAAGCUUAUGUGACAAUUCUAGGCUUCAAUGUUAGUUCAUCGAGGGCAGCACAGAAAGCAUCGAGAUAUGCGAGGGAAACACAUGGGUGGCCCAUCCAGACAUUCUUGUGCUACGCCUUUUGUGUCAAAAUUAAAUCCAUAAUGGUAGAGGAAUCCAGCCAUCCUCGCAGCGCGAAAGCAAAUACAAAACAGCGUCAGAAAUUAUGA